AAACAACGGUAGCUGCUGGUAGCUAAGCGGAGAGAGGAGAGGUGCGGACACGGAGCCCAGUUCCUCACGGCAUCGCGACAAACACGCCUGGCACUUUCCGUCCGACUGUGCCCUGUGGAUGCACGUUUGAGCAGUGCUAUCGUGCGAUGCAGUGACAGCUUGGCUGGUGAAUGUCUGUAGACUGUCUGUGCGUGGUGUUCCUGGAGAUAUUCUGUUGGGGGUAGAGGACGGCGUGAGUGGCAGACCUCCCUUUGAGUCAGCUUGUGUCUGAUCGGUGAUCUCCUGCCAGGGAGACAGCAGCUGCUACAAGCCCUUCACCUGACCCCUCCCCCCUCCCCACUGCCACCAUGGUGCUGUCACAGAGGCAACGAGAUGAACUAAAUCGAGCGAUAGCUGAUUACCUUCGUUCCAAUGGAUAUGAAGAGGCGUAUUCAGUUUUCAAGAAGGAGGCGGAAUUAGACAUGAACGAGGAAUUGGAUAAGAAGUAUGCUGGUCUUUUGGAAAAGAAAUGGACUUCAGUCAUCAGAUUGCAGAAGAAGGUAAUGGAAUUGGAAUCAAAGCUUAAUGAAGCAAAAGAGGAAAUCACUUUAGGAGGACCUAUAGGACAGAAACGAGACCCCAAAGAAUGGAUCCCCCGUCCCCCAGAGAGAUAUUCUCUGAGUGGCCAUAGGAGUCCUGUCACCAAGGUCAUCUUCCACCCUGUCUUCAGUGUUAUGGUGUCUGCUUCAGAGGAUGCCACAAUAAAGGUCUGGGAUUAUGAGACUGGAGACUUUGAGCGUACCCUGAAGGGCCAUACAGACUCUGUGCAGGACAUCUCUUUUGACCAGACUGGAAAGCUGCUGGCCUCCUGCUCAGCAGACAUGACCAUCAAACUCUGGGACUUCCAGGGCUUUGAGUGUAUCCGGACCAUGCAUGGACAUGACCAUAAUGUUUCAUCUGUAGCUAUAAUGCCCAAUGGAGAUCAUAUAGUAUCUGCCUCAAGGGAUAAAACCAUUAAAAUGUGGGAGGUGGCCACAGGGUACUGCGUGAAGACAUUUACUGGCCACAGAGAGUGGGUGCGCAUGGUACGGCCCAACCAAGACGGCUCCCUUAUUGCCAGUAGCUCCAAUGACCAGACGGUGCGCGUGUGGGUGGUAGCCACGAAGGAGUGCAAAGCCGAGCUGAGGGAGCAUGAACACGUGGUGGAGUGCAUCUCCUGGGCUCCUGAGAGUGCCCACCCGACUAUAUUAGAGGCCACUGGCUCUGAGACAAAGAAGAGUGGGAAACCUGGACCUUUUCUGCUGUCCGGCUCCAGAGACAAGACUAUCAAAAUGUGGGACGUCAGCACUGGCAUGUGCCUUAUGACUCUGGUUGGCCAUGAUAACUGGGUGCGUGGAGUGCUCUUUCACCCUGGUGGAAAGUUUAUUGUGAGCUGUGCCGAUGACAAGACUUUGAGGGUCUGGGACUACAAAAACAAGCGCUGCAUGAAGACCUUGUGUGCCCAUGAACAUUUUGUUACCUCUCUGGAUUUCCACAAGGCUGCUCCGUAUGUGGUCACCGGGAGUGUAGAUCAGACAGUAAAAGUGUGGGAAUGUCGCUGAUCUUACCUGCAGGACACCACAGCUACCAUGCCUCCUUUACUCCUGACCCAUUCCACCCCGUACUCCACCUCCUCUGGAUGCACUCGACCUAAUGGCUCUGGUUCAAUAACUCUUGUCCUUUCAUGUAAAUUAUUCAGGAUGUUGAUUGAGCUAUUAAAUGUUACACACACACACACACACACACACACACACACACACACACACACACACACACACACACUUACACACACACACAAGUAGUAUUCUUGCAUGGUGAAUCCAAAAUUGUAUACUGUAAAUUUACAUAACGUUGUCUAGAAGUACCAUAGGUUUAACACAGGCUGAACUUUCAUUCAGCCUACUGAAGGCAUAAACUGACGGGGUUAAUGUAGGGCGCUAUACUGAUAAAUUAUGACAGUGUUGUCCUUGUUUGUCGUCUUUUUUUUUCUUUCUCCUUCCCUUCCCGAAUUUUAUUUUUUGAUGUUAGUUUUUUUUUUUACUUUGGAUACCUUUCUUUUUGUUUGGUUUCGUUUGUUGUUUGUUUUUACCUGUCACUGUUGUGGUCUAUUGGUGCCUAGCUUGAUGACCUUUUGAGGGGGAAAGACAACAAAAAGGAAUACCUAUAAUCCUUAGAUGGCGACUUGUCUAUGGGGCUUGUUUUCAGAAUAAUCUGUAGCUUUGUAACAUCAUUUCUGAAGUGUGCUUACCAUUCUCUUAUUGUGGACCUAGAUCUUUUAACAGCUGCAUCCUAGAGUGAUUCAAACUGUUGUCUUGAAAUAUUAGGGAAUAAAUCUUUGUAUACUUGUCAUGAAAUGUCCUACUGAGAAAAACCUAGACAUGUGAUCUGAAGGGCUGAGAGAAGAACCUUACUUGGCAGUCUGCAGACUAAAAUUCCUUUUUUUUUUUUUUUUUUUUUUUUUUUUUUUUGCAGAGACAUGCCAGGCUAAAUAGUGGGCAGCAAGAUAUAUUCUUUAUUUUCUUGUUUUUAAAAAAUAAAGGGCAUGUAUAUAAGUAAGCAAAAAACGUUUGUGAAGAUUUGACCCAUGUUAGCUUUUGUCUUCAGAAGCACUUUGACAAGUGCUUUACAAACAACAAAAAUGUCUAGAAAGUGCUUGAAUUUGGCCAUUGGGUGCUCUGACGAUGUGUUUAAAUAACUCCUUGACUUUAAAGACCUCCUUCUCACUGAGUUGAGUUGAUGUAUUCUUGGCUUGUGUUUCUACUCUGCAAGAAUCAUGUAGACCUAACAUUUAAAUUGUCUUGUUGCCCCUUUUGGCAGAUAAUAGCAGGUGUUCCUGUAUAAUGUAAAAGUAGCCCUCAGCUUUCACCUAAGAGACACAUGACAAGGGCUCAAAGUAUUCCCCAGCAUUGUCUAAGGGAUGAGCAAAGAUUUUCUUGAAAGUGAAAGCCAGUUGAAAUCAGAGCUAAGUUUGCCACUGUAGGAAACUCAAUUCCGUACUGACUGACAGGUUAAUGGUAAUUUUUGUUUGUUUGUUUUUGUUAGAGGAAUCUAACAAAAUGCUAGCAACUGUUAUGCUAUUUGUUGGCUGUGCUCUCUGUAGAAAGGCUUGAUGGAAGCUUCUACUGUAAAGGGGUUUUCACGUGGUAGACCACAGCUGCUCUGGCCCAACAUGGGCACUAUCGGCCCAAAGAGGAGCAGAGCGCUAGUGACUCUGUGAGCAUCCCAGCAGGAAAACAUCACAAGUUCUCAAGCUAUUACUGAUGUCUUAUGAGUAGCACAUUCUCUCUUGUUCAUCUUGCAAUCUGUGUGGAUAAAUGUAAAACAGACACUAUGGGAAAUGAUUUAAUACAUCCCAAAAAUGGAGAAAAACCAUUCCAUAUCUUGUUUAAAAAAAAAAAAGAAGCCUGCCUAUGUUUGGCAGAAAAAUUUAAAAUUGAAAAAGGAAAAAAAAAAAAAAGUUGCACAUCCCUUCUCUCGUUAGACCUUUGGUUCCACCUGACUGGAGGUUAAAGCAAUUUAAGACAUUAAUAAAUGCAUAAACAUAUCGUUUUAAUUAGCUUUUUCAUUACAAUGCAAUUAUAUAAUAAAGAAUUCCACUGCUUAACCA